AUGGCGGCUAUGGCGUAUUCAUUCAGCAGCAUAAUGAGUGAUGGGACGCUCGAUACGUCGCGAGUGGAGAACUCCUUGUUGGAUCGGAUCGAUGAGCUGGAAACCUACAACAAGCAGAUGAAUCGGCUGGGAGAAGUGCGGCUUCUGCAACUUCGCCACGCCAAGGACCAGCUGCUGCAGAAGAGGCGGAGAGCAGACAGCGACGAGGUGAGCGUGGUCGACUUCUCCUGUCGGACGCCCUCUGCUAGCUCCACGGCUCCGGCACCGGCACAGGUUUGCUCCCCAAGCAAGGCUUCCGAAAGGUCAGGCGAAAGCCUGGACACGAUGACAACGGCCACGAUCCUGGCAAAGAACCGCGAGCUUCAGCGGGUUUCCUCUGCUCUUGCUGCAAAGGCACAAGAGGCAGAGAUCUACAAGCAAGAGCUGGCCAUGACACGGCAGGAGAAGAGGCACUCUGCUCCUCCGAAGUUGCGAAAGGAGACAGCACACGGGAAGACGCCUUCUCCACUUACGAGGGAUCCCGUCCUCGCCCAGCCCUACACCAAGCGUGAGGAGGAGUCUGGUGCCACCUUACGAGGUGCGGCCCAAGUCCUGGCGCACGGUGCAGAUGAGACGCUGCGCACUCAUUUGGUCGACGCCCAGUUUCGAGGAUCCUCGGCUGCGAGCUCGCCCUUGAAGAGGCUGACGGAAGAGGCGGCUGUGGCGAGGGAGGAAGCUUCGCGUUCCUGCAAGGACGAGCUUCUGAGCUGGGCAUCUCACUUGGAGGCGCGCGCCGAGGAGUUCUUCUCGACAGAGCUCAGGACGGCUGCCGCUUUGACCAAGGAGGAAGCACGGGCCUCGCACGAAGCGCUCCGGCAAUCCCUCGCCUUGGAGCUGAAGGAGGAGAUGGUGGCGGCCAGUGAUGCCAUCCAGGAGCGUGCCCAGCUGCGCGUCUUCGCUGCACGCAAGGAAUGCCGCUCGGAACUCCGCAUGCUGCGGCAAGAGCAGGAAGCAGCCAUGCAUGUGAUGGCCGAUCAGCAGAAUGCGGAGAUGGCCUUGCAGAUGAGGGUCCAAAGCACCGAGCAGGCGAUGGAGCAAGCAGCUCAACAGGAGCAUGCCCAACUGCAGCAAAAGAAGGAAGUCGGCGAGCAGCAGCUGGCCACUGCUAGGGCCAAGUUGGACGAGGAGCGGCAUCAACUCCAGCGCAUGAGGGAAGUCAGUGAGACGCAACUGGCCAAGACUACCUCUCAAUUGGAGGACGCCGCGAGCCAGCUUUCACGCUUGGAAGCAGCGCAACAACGGACACGGGAGGAGAUGGCUGCCCAUCACAGUGCAGCAGCAGCUUCCUGGAACAGAAGCCUGGCCUCCGCACAGGCGGCGAGAGCUCAGGCCGAGUCCGUGCUGAAAGCAGCCUCCAAGACGUGGGAGUCAUCUCGCUCAGAAGUGUCACACCUGCAGCCCCCUUCGCUCGGACCUGCUGCUUCUCGGCCUCAGAUUGACAUCGACCUUCUGGAGCUGGACGACAUUGACGAAGAGGUCGACAAAUUCUUGAACUAUCGCCCGGCCGAUGUGAAAAGCUUCGCGCAAGAGGAGCUUCCGGGCGCCUCCGUGCAGCUUCUCUCUACGACGACCUCCUUUGAAUCCGAAGCAGGUGCCACCGACAGUGGAGGAAGCUCCUCGAUGCCAUUGGUGUACGCGGCUGCGCUCGAGGGCAUCGAAACGCACGGCUGGAGCGCUGUUUAUCCCUUGGAUGACCCUCCAGCCUGGACCAUCCUGCACUGGGCAGCCAUGGAAGGCCGGCUGGAGAUCUGCCGCCGCCUCCUGGCUGCCGGUGCCAACCCCUUCUGUGAGGACGAGCGCGGGUGGACGCCACUCGACUGCGCCGACGAGGCUGGCGAGGUGGAGGUUUCCAAUCUUCUCGUGGCUCAUGCGCCUGAUGCCGAUCUCGGCCAGGGCGGAGCGAUGCACCCUGUGCUUGCAGCUGCCGUCACAGCUGUGGAGAACUAUGGCUGGCAGGCUGUGCAUGAAGGCCGCCGAGAGUGGACAGCGCUGCACUGGGCGGCAUCUGAGGGCAACAAAGCAUUGUGCGCACGCCUGCUGCUGCAUGAUGCGGAUCCUAGUCAGGUGGAUCAAGCGGGACGCAGUGCUUUGGACUACGCUCGAAAUGCUGGGCACCGCAGCACCUUUGAGAUGCUUUGGCAGUCGCAGCAGCGGCGCAUUCGACGUUCAGCUCCAGCAACUUCAGCUUCUCCACAGCAGGAGUUCAAGCCAGCUCCGGCCGCAUAUCCCCAAUCACUGCGGCUGCCUCCCGCCACUUCUGAAGGGACAGGACAGACCUAG